ACUGGCAAGGCUAAGAAGCUAUUCUCACUCUGGGACAAUUUAGUGAUCCGCCUUGAUAUUUGGCACUUUAUGAGAAGAAUUUCUGCUGGAUGUAACACAGAGGCCCAUCCACUCUAUAGUGUGUUUGUCGGUCGUCUAUCACAAUGCAUCUUCCAAUGGAGCAAAGAAGAUCUGGAUUUAUUGAAGUCUGCCAAAAGAGGUGAAUUGCAGAUUCAAGGUGUUGCUGACCCUUCUGAUGCAGCCAUUAAUGAAAAGAUUACACGGAGAGAAUUGGCUCUACAUUGCCGUAGGAGAACUCGGGGAAUUGUUGACACUACGAUAAUGAUUUACGAUCUAUUACUGACAUUUACUGGUCCCCAGGGAUGUGAUACUACUGGAGUACCUUUGCUUGACAAGACCCGCGUAUGGGAAAUAUGGGACAACCAAAAGAACCACAUUCCAUGCAUCCAGGACCCUGAGGGGGUGCAACUGUAUACAAAAACCGGGGUCUUGACUAAAGGUGGUGUCCAACUUCCAACUUAUAGAUGUGCAAGAGGUUCAACAUCUUUGGAGUCAUUCCACCUGCAUAUUAAUAGAUUCAUACCAGGUACUUCAGCAAGUGACAUUCAUUUUCAAGCUUACUUGUUAGAUGGCCUGAUGAGAUGGAAUUCUGAUCAUUCUUCUGCUGCAGUUUCAAGUACUGAAUUAGGACCAGAAAGCUACAAUGGAUUAUUAAUACAUGCUGUGAAUGAGCUAAGUGAAGAUGUCCUUGGUAAGAAAGUCAAGCCCAAUGUUCAGAAUAUUGGAAUCUAUACAGGUGAAAUGAUAGGAGUUGAGUAUCUCUUCAAUCAGACUGGUGAGAUUCUCAAGGACAACACCCUGCUAGAUGAAGAUAUGACACAACAGGAGGAAGAACCUCUCUCAGAUGUUAACCCAGACCAAAUAGAUGAAGGAUUUAAUGAAGAUGAAGAUGAGACAAUUGCACCUGCAGAGCAGGUGUUUACUGCGCCUUUGUGUAAUGAAAGAGACUCAGAUGCUGCCAGUACUUCUGAUGAAGACUCUGCUGAGCUUGCUGGAAGUGAUGCAGAGGACUCUGCUGGGCCUGACAACAUUCAGGGAUAUGGAGAAGUUCAGGCUUUAGCAGCAUAUUUGGUUUUUCUGAGAGAGGGUAAUAUGGUCUUGUCCAAUACACAAGCCAAAGAAAUCAUCAGACUGUGGAAAAGCCUUCAUGAAUAUGACCAACAACCAACAACAUUUGCUCCACGACAGCAUACUACACUGGUGAAGGGAAAGCUUAAAGCUCCAAAGAGAAGGAGUACCAAUGUUGUACCAGGGCUGGACAGUACUAGGAGAUGUUUUCUAGGCUCCAACAGAGCUCCAGCCCAAUGGCCAGAUUGUAACAGGUACACUGAGGCAAUUAUAUCUCAACUGUGUAAUCUGCAUCCUGGGCCAGAGAAAUCAAAGAAAAAAACAACAAACCGUUGGUCUCUUGUGUGUAAAGACUACAGAGGCAUACAAGAACGUGUUAUGAACAAUGGCAUGGUGAUGAGAGAGACACAGAUUCAGCUACCAGAUAUAAACCAAACAACAUUAAGUCAGUGGUAUAUCAAGAGACAAAAGAAGAAAGAACAAGAAAUACUUAAACAGGGACUACCUCAACGAACUGAACCAGCAGCAUCAAAGACACCUUUACCAGCAGCCAUACCACUGCCUCCGUCUCUGCCACAAGUCAACUAUCCUGUGCCCUUUAAAUUUGUAUUACCAACCAAUACCACAGGAACAGCUGUUCUCAGAGGUCAAACUUCAAAAGCUUGCCAACCGAUGCCAAUUCUUCCAGCUCCUGUUCCUCCUAUUACUUUCUUACAGCCACCAACAGUAGUCAGAAGAUUUCCCCCUGUUCCAAUACAAUCCAAAAUACAAACACAACACCAUCAGCCUCAAUCUUGGCAACAAAAGUCUCAAUCUCAACCAUCAGUACACUCAAAGCAAAAAGAUGAAACAAGGACUACUCAGGAACAAAAGGCAAGCACCAGUCGUAAGCGAUCCUCCUCGUUUUCCCUCCAUGUCUCAAAGUUCUUGGUCAUUGUGUUACAAUACCAGUUUCCAAAGUAUUGUUUAUGA